AUGUCGUCGUGCGGAACCCCUCGCGCGGCCGCGACGCUCUCGUCGCCGCCCGCGUCCGAACGGCCAUCGCCCGACCCGCCCGGUCCGCUGGACCACGCGCGGCACAGGGACGCGGUGCUGUCCCAGCUGCCGCCCGGUAAGCUCGUGUACGUGCCCGCGGGCAAGGCGCAGACGAGGAACGGCGUCGAGGGAAACGCGAGGUUCCGCCAGGAGCCGGAUUUUCUCUACCUGACGGGCGUCGAGGAGCCCGGGUACCACGCGCUGUUUGGCACCGGCGCCGACGCGCCGUUCGUGCUCAUCGCGCCGAGGCAAGACCCGGAGAUGGACGUGUGGUGCGGCAAGCAGGCGUCGAGGGACGAGCUCAGGGCGGUCACCGGCGCCGACAUCGUCUACUACGACGACGAAUUCCACAAGGCGCUCGACGCCGUGGAGGCCCAGGAGGGUCAGACCGUCUUCGUCCCUUCCCACGACGCCGCGACACUGCCGAACGACCCCGACGGACUCUUCCUGGGGUUGCGCCCGGAGACCACCGCGCUGGGCAAGGUGAUGGCCAAGGCCAGGUCGUUGAAGACGUCCGAGGAGAUCGAUUGCCUUCGGUUCGCGAACGAAGUCUCCGGAGACGCGCACGUCGCGAUGUGGCGACACGCGGCGCGGGCGUUUAGGGUUACGAACGGGCAACCGGGACAGCUGUGGGAACACGAGCUGGAGGCGGUGUUCGCCGGGGAGACGAUGAAAAGAGGGUUGAGGCACCUCGGGUACCCGUCCAUCGUCGGCGCGGGUGUUCACGCGGCGACGCUCCACUACGAGCGCAACGACGCGCGGGUGCGCUCGGCGGAUGACUUGGUGCUGGUGGACGCCGGCGCGGAGUGGCGGGGGUACACCGCGGACAUCACGCGGACGUUCCCGGCGGGCGGCAAGUUCGAGGCGAGGCGCAGGGCGGUGUACGAGGCGGUGCUCGACGUGCAGGUGCGGGCCAUCGCGGAGAUGCGAGCCGGCGCCAACUGGCAGAUGGUCGGCGCGAGGGCCAAGCUGAACACGGUGCAGAACCUGAUCGAUUUAGGAAUCGUGCGGGGUAACGCGCAGGACGCGGUGAUGGCGGGGGUGUGCGGGCUGUUCCUGCCGCACUCGCUGGGUCACCUGCUGGGCCUGCAGGUGCACGACGUCGGUCCGGGCGGGCCCGUUCCGGAUGGCGCGCUCGCGCCCGGACACGUGGUGACGUGCGAGCCGGGCAUCUACUUUGUCGACGGGUUACUGGAACCCGCGCUCGAAGACAGGUUCCUCAAGGACUUUUUGGUGAGGGACGAGAUCGAGCGGUUCAAGGCGGUGGGCGGGGUGCGAAUCGAGGAUAACGUAGCCAUCACCGAGGACGGAGCCGAGAACCUCACGACGUGCCCGAAGACGGUGGAGGAGAUCGAGGCAAUCUGUAGGGACGCUUGA